CGACCCAUUUAGCAGUUUUGACGAUCUAACAGGUAAGGAAGAACUAGCUAGGGUGGAUAGAUAGACUAUCUGCCAUGGCUAUGGCUUUCCAACAGUACAGGUCUCCAUUUGGAGACACAACUUAUACAAAGGUGUUCGUUGGGGGUUUAGCUUGGGAAACACAAACUGAAGAAAUGCAGAGAUACUUCGAACAAUUUGGAGAUAUUCUUGAAGCUGUUAUCAUCAUUGACAAGAACACCGGAAGGUCUAAAGGCUAUGGAUUCGUGACAUUUCGUGAUCCAGAAUCAGCAAGAAGGGCCUGUGUUGAUCCAAACCCUAUGAUCGAUGGGAGGAGGGCCAACUGUAAUAUUGCUUCAUUUGGUCGUCCUCGAACUUCACCACCUAGAGGAAGAAAUCAAGGUGGUAGUCCCUACCGUGGGGUCGUACCAAUGGGUACUGCAACAUCGUAUAGCAGAGUUGCAGGACCACUGCUGUCUCCACCUCCUCCUCCUCCUCCUCCUCAGGUCGUUUAUCCUCCUUACGGGUACACCACCUAUACACCAGAAUAUGGAUAUACCCAAAGUCAGAUUCACAGACAACCCAACCACAAAGCUCGGCAACAGCUGGAGUUGGACCUGCCAGUUCAGAGGUUGAGGAAGCACCAGAGAAGAGUUAAUGAUGAGGGAGAGAGGUUCAAUUUGCCUGGUCGGGGUUUUUACCUUCAAUUAUUUCUCUUCUGCAGUUCAUGCAGUAAUUUUUUUUCUCUCCAGUGCCCUAUAUGGAGAGUUACAGCUUUCGAUGCCAGCGAGCGAUUUAUUUUGAGUUAAUACGUUAUUGUUUCUGAGAUCUUUAGCAACCAGGGACGGGCACUAGUCAAUCUCAAACCCCAGUAAGCUGUUUUUCCAUUUCAUUUUUCCGCCUACUAGUUAUUUUCUUUGGGUCGAUUUGUUCUUCAACUAUAUCAUCCCUAAAAGAAGCCCUCAAUAAAAAGAUACUUUUAUUUUUUCUUCUUAAAAUGGUCUAUACAUCGGGAUUGGGUUGAUUAACUGGGGCAUCUUGUAAUAACUCAGUUCAAGAGUCAUUGGAUUGGAAUCUUCUCUUCUAAAUCAAUUAAAUGAAAUAGACAAAAGUAUCUACUAUCUUUUUAACA